AUUGCUGCUAACUUGUUAGCUCAGCUCUGGUGUUUGCUGUCAGUUAGUGAAGCGAUGCUCGUCGUCUGACCGCUGGACUGGAGGGACAGACCGGCUGUAAAUCAGACUGGACCCCGCAGGAACCAGGUCUUGUGAUCAGGACCAAGCAAUAACAACGACCAUGGUGACCAAGAAAGUCAGGACAGAAUAUAUGAAGAAGUUCAGGGAUCCCAAGUGGGAGACGUUUUCUAAAUGCUAUGAAGACUCUUUGAAGUACCGUCUGACCCGGCGGGUGAUGGAGCAUUCCCACAAGCCCUGGUUCUGGGAGGGCUGGGACAGCGGCUCGGACUCCAGCGGCUGGUCCACACCGAGGCUCACCAGGAACAAAGUUGCUCCUCUGUCUCUCCCGCCGGCCACAUCCUCAGAAGUCAAACAAAGGUUGUGGGAGACGAAAACCAGUCCUGGACCAAAACCGCCUUCUGAAGACGGAGAAACUGAGGUGGGAACAGGAGAGGCUCCAGUUGUAGACGCUGCACCAACCACAGCUCCAGUUGUAGAAAAUGGUGUGAAUGACGACAGCGGAGGUUCGGUGACGGCGGCUCCGAACACCAGCGGACCCUCAGACGACACAGCGACAGACAACGGGCCGGCUGACACUACGUCUUCUGAUGGAGAGCCGGUGAACCCGGCACCACGACGACGUCACCGCCGUCGCACCCCUCGUUCUGAGCCGGGUCACCAGGACAGCUCCCAUGAUGGCAAACCAGCUGUUGUCCGCAAACCGUCGAGAGCGAAGAGCCAACCGCCGAUCAGCACCAAGGAGAAGGAGAACCGGAGACCAUCGAGUCGGUUAGACUGGACCGAGAGGCAGAUAGAGAGCCACACAUCUGACGCAUGCGUUCAGACCAGAAGGGAGUCCGAUAAGCGGAGUUCCAACCUGGACCGCCGGCGAGCUCGAUCAGCUGACCUGGAGAAGAUGAAUCGGUCACAGCUGACAGUAGUGGAUGACCGCUGGAUGACGGAGUACAUGCGCUGCUUCUCCGCCCGGCUGAGGUAGAGGCAGGAUCCACCCAAACCUCUGAAAAUCACAUUUCCUUAUUUGAGAGCAAAUGUCAGGAGGUGUUGUUCAGUUCUAGAGGGGAAUUAACAAGACAGACUGAAACCACGUUGUCUCGUUGCAGUCCAUCAUACCAAAACACCGCUGUGUUGUCUCCUAAUUGGGCAGCACAAUAAUAGAAAAAUAAAGUAAAGAAGGGGCAGAUGCAAAAUUUAGCUUUUUCAAUUUAAGUGUAACUCGUUACUGUGCAACACACUGAGAGAGGAACCUCUGGAAGUCAGAUACAGAUACAACUUUACCAUCCUCCUCUUAGUUUGGUGAGUUAAGUCGCUUUUAAUACUGCAGUACCCAUAAGCCUCAGGGACCGUCCAGCUCUAGUUCAUUUAUUAACCCCAUAGUGAUCCAAACCAGAUCUUUUUAGGCCUGUCACAGUGUCUGAAAGCAUAAAAGUCUCACUUAUCUGAACCAUAAUUUUACUAACAAAAACAGAGAACAUUUUUAAUAAAGAGCCUAUAAAUGAGUCUUUUUUUCAUGAACUUGUGACCAGGAUAUGUGCCAGACAUGACAUGUCUUAUUAACAAUUGACAGCUCAAAAUUUUUGGUAUUAGUUUAAAUUUGCAGAAUGUAAACUACAGUUUUUACAUAGCUCAGCCUCUAUUUUCACCCCAUAAUAAGGAAGAUAGUGGCCACAUUUAAAGCAUGUAACUUAACUUUUCUGACCUCAGUCACUCUGGGACGGUCUGUAAAUGAUAUGUUUAUCACAGCAAUGAAUGAAAUGACAGGGUGAGAACAGUAUUUAAUGUGAUGUUGAUGAACACACAGAGAAAGGACAAAUAAAUCUGCAGCUCUCCUCAGCUUUAAGAAGCUUUAUAGUCUAAUCACAGCUUUACUCUUUUGGUCACUUGUGUUUUUCUUUCGACAUAAUAGUAUUUUUAAAAAACACCGAAGUCAACCUGUACGGCAGAAAAAAGCAGACCAGCUAACGAACAUAGUGACUGAUUCUGCUGCCCUCAAGUGGCCAAAAAAAGGUUUAGGCGCUGGAAAUACUCCAACAUGCAUUCAGCUAACAUCUUCUAUGCUGAAGAGGACAUUUCCUUUUAGACCUGGGAUGUAUUUUCUUGUACACUCUGCCCACCUCCUCAAUUUAUUUUAGAUUGCACACAGUUAUUUAUGAUGAAGUAACGAGACAACAGGAGCAAGGUCGUCUGGUUGCCUCAGUGUCCUUUGAGAGUGAGUCGCUGCUGUCGAGGAUGAAAACACUCACUGAGUUUAAAGUUUAUGUGCUCAUUUAUUUGUAGACUAAAGCCUAUUUAAAUUUCUUUGUAAUAUUUCCAAGUACCAUUCGUAUUGAACAAAGCUCUCCUUGGCAGGCUAGCAGUGCUCUUUUGGUCGAUACUUUUGAUGUUUUGGUGAUGCCAUACGGAUGCUGUGAGGAAAAAAAGGGUUUCAUUUCAUGAAAUGUCUGGAGGAACAGAUCUUUAUUUCAAAUGAAUCAGAAAAGAAAACACUUUUUAAAAAGUCGCUCUUCCCUCUGUUUGUUUUCCCUCCGACGGCAGCGGCUCAGUCUGCAGGAAACGUUUCGAUUUUUAGUCCAGGAUGGUUUUAGAUGUGACGGACUUAAGUGUGUUUCUCUGGUUCUGUGUUUGUGUGGAAACUAUUUGCAUUUUGAGAAUGAACAAACAAACAGAUAAGAUGAACUCUUUCUAAGCUUUUCUUUACGUGUAAAAAAAAAAAUCACCUCCUGAUCACUUUCUGAAUGUAUUUUUAUUUCUCUGCAUGAAAGUGUCCAAACACACUACUGUGCUUUAAUUUAGCUCUUACUCUUCCUUCUCACACACCUCGUGUUUUUCACUUUUCUCUCACUAAGGCAGCUGUGUGUUUCUACGGCAGCAGAAAGGACCAAACUGGAAUAUUUUUGAUAUUUGAGUAUUUUGAACUAAAGACUUAAAUUAGAAGAAAACUACUGCCGGAUAGUUUAGCAGAAAUAUAGAAAGACACGUUUUAUCAAAUGAAUUAGUUUUUAAGGUAUUUUUAGAUUACAAAUUAUAUCUAAGCUGUGCUGGCUUUAAAUUAAUCUUAGUCUUAUUAAAUUAAUUUAAAUGAGUGGACUGUUAAACAAUUUCAGCUUAUAGUUUGUGAUUUUUCAGGUUCUAUCACAUCAAGCAGCUUCUUGUUUCUUUUGACUUCAAUAAAAAAAAAUUGCCUGCAUUGCUAAAAGAGCUUUUCUGUUAACCACAGUGCUAAACGCUUCACGUUUCUCUUCAUUCAGAAUGAAAAGAUUAAAUAACAACAGGAUCUGAUUCAGCUUCUUUGGGCUGAUUAUGCAAAUGUAAACAGAUAACUUAAAGCCUCUUUUUUUGGUUUAGUAAAUCUUUUAGCUAGAGAGGGUGUGAGAUUUAGAAAGUGCAACACUUUAAUAUUGCUGAUUUAUGCUUAUGUAUGUAAAGACAACAGAAUUAUUUGCGUUACGAGAAAUCAGGUCUCAAAACUCUGUUUUCUGCAGUGUCUUUUAGUGGCCACCCCCGCUAUAAUAAAGACCACUAAUGUCACCAUGAUGUUAUUGAAUAAAUAAAUAAAAAAGUAAUUUUCAAGGACAAAGACAGAAAUAACUGUUCUAUAUUUAAUUAGUAAGUGUUCAGGCUGUCGUUUUCUAACUAAACAGAUGAGAUUUGUCCAGAUGGAGGUGGCUCAUCGCCUCAGCUAAAAAAUUUCUGCCACAUUUUAUUUUCUGAAGGUUAUCCUUUCUGUGUUUAAGUUUAGGUUUGUUUGUUUUGUUUUUUUUUUAACAUUUCCAGUUCCAGAACAUCAUAAAGUUUAUAUACCAAUUACGGUGCUUGAACAUCCAAGGUUGUCAUAUGUACUCAUUUCCUAGCGGCUUCCUGGAAAGAACCACAUUAUUUGAUACCAGUUAUGAGACAAAUAGAGACAGUUUUCUCUUGGUACAGGUGAAAUGAAAUUGUAUUCACUUCAACUCCAUGAUCGGCAAUUCAGCUGAACAUGCAAAAAUAUACGGCUGAAGCAACCAAAGUAAAGUUAAAGUUAAAGUUACUUUAUUUAUAUAGCACAUUUCAGCAAGGCGAUUCAAAGUGCUUCAGAAGGACAAGUAGAUACUGAUUUCCUUCGGACUGACUAAUUAUUUAGUCAGAAUCGCUUCAAGCUCGCAGUUCAACAUCUGUAAUGAAUGAAGUUUCCAGUAAUAAAUUGAUAAUGGAGGAAUAUUUACUUGAGUUUAUGUGGAGCACUUCUUCAAACUGCAUAUUCCCUCCAGAAAACUUCGUAUGAAAUAAUGAAGGAAUGACAGAUCUGUAAAACACAGUGUCACCACAGUUUCCUGCUGCAAGCCCUGAAAUCAGCCUCCUGAUUCAGUCCUAUAUCUCUACCCAUACCUCUGUCCUACAUUCAGUUUAUAUCCAGAGAUGGGAUGAAACAGAGAAUGUUUACAGCCAAUACAGUAUGAACUGUUCUAGAUCUAAAUAUUGGAUCACCUCCUUGUGUUUACAUGUUAAACUUCAUCUGUUUCCAUCAAUCAGACAAACAGGAUGUGAAGAAAAGCUCAAACUGCAGAUGUUAGGUGUUGUUACUGGGUUUUGAAUCUCUGCUCUGUUAAUUGCUGACAUAUCUAAAGAUUGUAAAUAGACGUCAUCGUCACAUCUCUUGACUCUAACCGAGGGCUAAUGUUCACUAUGUAAGAUAUCUAACUGUUUGUGAGUUUACUUUUACAACUGAAUGCAUCUGAAGUCACUUAGAAUGUUUAUGAGUUUCACACCGGCUAAACCUCAUUGCUCUGAAUGUGCACAACUAUAUAUUUUCACAAGGUUUUGCUCACUGUGCUGUGAGACAACUGGAAACGCCUCAUCAUUUUGAACAUGCCCAGUCUGAAACAACAAUGUUUUUAGUGUUAGUGGUGAAGAACGUACUCAGAUCCUUUACUUAAAGGGGCCUAAUAUCCAACUCUUUCCAAUAUUUUAUUCUGGGACUCCACUAGAGAAACUUUGCAUGAUUCACAGUUAAAAAUAUUCUUGUUCGUGUUUCUUACAAGGAUUACUUUUACAUCACUUUUACCUCAUUAUGUAAUAUUUUUGCUGUCUUCAUACGACCAUAUGACAUUCCAAUAUCAUACGCUACUGUUCAAAAGUGUGGGGUAACUUAGAAAUUUCCUUAUUUCUGAAAGAAAACCUUUUUUUUUCAACGAAGAUAACAUUAAAUGAAUGAUAAAUCCA